ACCUAACAGUCUAGAUAGUGUAAGGUUUGUGUACACAAGUUCCCUAUGAUUCUGUGAGACUACUCGAGUUCACCAUGUGAUUGCAAUAUUGCGGCUGUUUAUUUAAAAACAUUACGGUACAGCAUGUUCAAGCAUAGGGGUUUAUUGAAAUUAAGUUGGCCGGGACCAUGGGCACAGAAAAGCAAUUACAUCAUUACCCAUAAUAUCUGGGAUCUUCCUGCAGUUGCAGUGACUUUCUUCAGUGGUAGAAAUAAAAGACCUUUAUCAGAUUUUACAAGUACAGGUGUGAAAUACGUACCUGAGCAGGAGAUACCAGAGGCUGAUGUGAAGCACAUAAAACUGAAUCCUAUACUUGAAAUUCCAAAAGAGCAGAAAAAGAAAUUUGCCCUACUUUUGUCCUUCAGUGGCCAAGGAUACCAGGGAUUACAAAAGAACGUGUUUUGCCGUACUAUUGAAGGAGAUUUGUUUGCAGCCAUGCAAGCAGCAGACUUGAUAACAGAUGAGGAAGCCAGUGUUCCACAAUUUUUUCAAUACCAACGGUCUUCUCGAACUGACAAGGGAGUGUCUGCAGCUCGGCUGUUGGUGUCUGCUGAGCUUCCAUCUGUGCCUGACUUGCAAGAGCAAAUCAACAAGCAUCUGUGUGAUCAGAUCCGUGUAACGGCUGUUUAUCGUGUUAUUAGAGGAUUUAAUAGCAAAUCGUGGUGUGACUCGCGUACCUAUUUAUGUACAGCAAGUGAAGAUUACCGUAUGACUCAGGAUAUUUUAGAAGAAGUUAGAAAGAUGCUGCAGAUGUAUAAAGGUCUUCAUAAUUUUCACAAUUUUACAUCAGGAGUAAAAUAUCAUGAUGCAUGUGCUAUGCGAAGAAUUAUCGAUGCAGAGUGCAGUAACCCAUUUGAGCGUGAUGGAUUAGAAUGGAUCACCAUCAAAAUAACAGGUCAAAGUUUCAUGCUGCAUCAAAUUCGUAAAAUGAUUGCUUUAACUAUAGCUAUCAGUCGUGGACUAGCCAGUUCUGACACCAUCUUAAGAUCAUUUAAGGAAGGUUUUGUGGAUCUUCCCAUUGCACCAGCACAUGGAUUGGUUCUUGAAGAACAACAUUUUCACAAUUAUAACAAGAAAUAUGCAUCUGAUGGUACACGUGAGCCUCUCAGCUGGGACAAAGCCGCACAGAAUGUUAAGAAAAUCCGUGAGCAGUAUAUUGACAGAUCAAUUGUCAACAAAGAAAUCAAGGAGAAAGCAAUGCUUAAAUGGCUGGUUAUUCCACAUUUUCAUGAUUAUGAAGCGUAUGUGCUCGCAGGAAUAUCCGAGAUGCAGGAGGAGAGACGACCUUCACAUGGAAUAUCUCCUGUUUGGCAUGCACAAAAAAGAAUAUUUCAAGUUAACAAUGCAGAAAUGCAACACACAGACAGUAAAAAUAAUGAUCAACAUGAUUCCUGACAUGUAGCUAACCAUAACAUUUACAAGCCCCAAGAAGAUGAUUAUAUAAGCUGUAAACUCACUUCAGCAACAGAUUACCGAGAAUAACAAU